AUGGCCAUGUAUCGACGAAACAAGGCUCUAAUGUGUAUCCUAUUUCCUUCUAGCCUAGGCGACCUGGGUUUGACAUGGUUUGAGAGGUUGCUAGAAGGCAGCAUAACUUCAUGGGUGCAACUUGUGGAGGCAAUCGUGACCAGGUUUAGAACAAGCACCAAGACGACAGUAGAGAUUGACCAGCUAUUCUCCAUAGACAUAGAGGAGAAGGAAACAUCGAAGUCUUACAACAACCGGUAUUGGGAGACUUUUAAUCAAAUUGGAGAUUACCCCGCAAACCUAAUUAUCACACAGUACAAACAAGGUUUACCAGCAGGCAAUAAAUUGAGGGAUUCAAUAACAAUGAUGCCACCCUUCACGAUGGAGACCUUAAUGGAGAGAGUACAUCAGCACAUCCGUGUAGAAGAAUAUAGCGCCCACGCUAAAGCAAAAUCAAGCAUAACAGUGAUGCCGGCUAGAAAGACUGCAGCAAAAGUCAACACGGUUGAACAACCAAGCAAAAAUAGACGAGGCAGACGAGCCAACAGAGAGCAUCCCCAAGCAAGGAAGUUGAAAGUCCGUACUGCCAUCACCAUAGUAUUCAGUAAACCUAUCUACCGGAUUCUUAGCGAGAUACGCGAUGUACCCUUCGUUCAACGGCCAGCCAAGUUGGAAAAAACACAGAGGGGCUACGAUGAGAGGUACCGUUGCACUUUUCAUGAUGAAAAGGGGCAUCGAACUGAAAACUGUAUGCCAUUACGGAAAAAUCUAGAGAAGCUAGUGGCCGCAGGCCACCUGGACCAAUAUAUUGAAGUGGGAACACAGCCAGCCCCCUAG